AUGGAGACCCCUCGCGCACGGGAUGGUGAACGGCGGGUAGCGGCUGACAAGUGGGAUAUUGACGGAUGGCAGAUGCUUGCUUCAGAGGCCGAAGCUGCCCCUUUCGCCACGGCCAAGCCUGUCUACGAGCGCCUGGUGUCCCACUUCCCGCCGAUCGGCAAGUUCUGGAAAACCUACGCUGAACAUCUCAUCCGUGAGACCCCAGACGAUCACGACGGCGCCAAAGAGAUUUAUGAUAGAGCAGUUGCUGCUGCUCCAACGUCGAUUGAACUAUGGCGAAGUUACAUCAAUUUCACUUCGUCAUUGGCCAUCAAAGUUCCGGGAUCCAAGUUGGAGACUGAUGCUCUCGCUGUCUACGAAAGAGCGAUUGCUUCCGCUGGGCUUGAUCUCAGCGCCAAUCCGCUUUGGUCCCACUAUCUCGACUUCCUCAAGAAACAUGCUACUUUGUCCGACAGUCAUCGCCGUGAUGCGCUACGGCGAGUCUAUCAGAGAGCGGUCCGCAACCCAAUGCAGCACUUGGAUUCCUUCUGGAGAGAAUACAGCACAUUUGAACAUACGAGUAACACGAACAAAGAACUUGGGCGCGGUCUCAUCGCUGAAAGUCAGCCAAAGAAUAUUGAUGCAAGAGCAGAAUUUCGAGCACGUCGAAGUCGAAGGGAGGGUUUGACUCUUUCCGCCCUUCCAGUUAGUCCUCGGGGACGCGCGAAAGAGUCGAGUCAGGCUCAACAGUGGCGACGAUUUAUUGCCCAGGAAAGAACAAACCCGUGCAACUUAGUUGAAUCCGAGCUCAAUGGCCGAAUUGUCCAUGCAUUUGAGAGUGCACUGUGUCCGAUGUACAGGUACCCUGACUUUUGGAUGGAGUAUGUGUCUUAUGUAUACGGGAGCUUCGUUAAGGACGGUCAGCCAGCACCGACGAAGGCUGGGAACAAAGAUAACGGCAAUGCUUCAAAAGAGGAAUCCCGAAUGGAGAAAGCCGCAACCGCACUUAAGCCUAUACUCGAACGUGCAGUACAAGCUCUGCCAGAGUGUGUCGCAAUACACACUCACGUGAACUGGGUAUAUGCGCGACUGGGGAACGCAUCAAAGGGCGUUGCUGCGCUUGAGACGCUGUGCAAGCGAUACCCUUCCCCUCUGGCGUACAUUCACCUGAUGCGUGCUGCCAGGAAAGCAGAUGGCCGUGGUGCUGCCAGGAAAGUGUUUGGGAGGGCCCGGAAGGACCCGAAGGGCGAUGACCCAGCUGUGUAUGUUGCAGCGGCGCUGAUGGAGUUCCGCAUAAACAAAGACAGUAAAGUUGCUCGGAACGUGUUUGAGUUUGGUCUCAAAAACCAUUCGAAAAGUGCCGUCGUGGCGCUGCACUAUGUCACCUGGCUGUGGGGUUUGGGGGAUCUCGAAUACGCCCGUGUUGUUCUGAAAAAGGUAAUGCCUGAUGUGGAAGGGUCACCGGCUGAUGUACGCGGACUCUGGGAACGGUGGUUGGAACUUGAAGAUAUUGUCGGGGACACAGCGAGCGUCGAUCAGGUUGAGGCAUUGUGGAGGGAGAGCGACCCAAGCUGCGCCAACAAGGUGGUUCAGGAUGUGCUCCGAAGAGCUCGUUUCCUCAGUUUCGAGGGGUUGAGUGAAAACGAGGCCUCCUCCAUUGACGGAGUGCGAGCGUCCGUUGUGGAAAAGGCUUCCGGAGGUCAGGGGCAAUCCCAAGGUAAACGAGAUCCGAGAACAGGGAAACGUGUAAUGUCUUCAUCUAGCGGCAAAGAUGGAAGCUCAACUGCUGGCUCUCGUCGAGGUGAUGGGACAGGCCCUGGAAGCUCUCUGAGAAUAGCUACAGACUAUUUACAUCGCCUAGCAUCUGGUCUGCCGCACAUUGUCGCUCAACCUCCCUCGCCAGAUGUUCUUUUCCAGAUGCUUCUUGAUAUGCCGGACGCUUUUGCCGAUACUCCCGCCGGAGCGAAUACCAAAUCCUCAUCGGCUCCUCCUCGCAAGGGCAAGGAUGAACAGAUUGUCGGCAAGAAGCGGAAAGGAGAUGAAGCUCUGGGAGUGCAGUCCAUGUCCGCCGGUCAUACUCCUGGUAAUGUUGUUUCUCCUCCUCAAGACGUGUUUCGGGCUCGUCAAGCCGCUAAGCAAUCCCGAAUGCGGUAG